AGUGAGAGCGACUCCGCGGCAGAGGAGCAAAAACGAGCACUUUUCUUCUCUAAGCUGCCUGUUUAGUUGCAAUAGGACCUCUGAACAAUCCCUGUUUCCUUUAAGUCGCUAAAGGAAGUGUUUGUUGGAUGCGGACAGGACUGCGACAGCACGACUGGAGAAGGUGUAAUCAUGACCUCUGAAGUUACACACAGAGCCGAUUUGAAAGAGGCGGAGGAGCUGGCCGUCUCUCUGAGUGAAGCCCUCAGCAGCGGGGACGGACAGGAGGCAGUCAAACUGUGCCAGAGGCUUUCACAACUCUGUGUUCCAGUGUCUGUCACUGUCAAAAGUCAGGCCUACCCUCAGGAUUUUAUAAGGUUGCGUGUUGGAGUGGAAGAUGCACAGUCAGAUGACUACAUCCCAGUGACUGUUGUGGUUUCUGCUGACAUGACAAUUGCACAACUUAAAGAAAAGAUCAACCGUGACUUUGGAUUCCUCCCCUCACUGCAACGGUGGGUGAUCGGGAAGCGGCUGGCUCGAGACCGUGAGACAUUGUACAGCCACGGUGUCCGUCAGGACGGAGACCAGGCUUUCCUGUUUAUCCUCUCUGCCCAGGCAGCUCAUCUCACACGGGAGCAACACAAAGUGGACCAGGACCAACAACGCAUAGACGACAUCGUGGAGUCAAUACAGCUUUUUCCCAGAGGUCUUGGCGGAAGUUUUGUUGAGAAGACAACUCCUCCUCCAGAGAUUCAGCCCGUUCCCCAUCAUCGUCCUAAACCCACUGUCCCUCCUAAACCUCAGUUGGGCUGGGCCUGUACUUUGUGUACAUUCGUGAACAAACCAACGCGUCCUGGCUGUGAGAUAUGUGGAGGCGACCGGCCAGAGGAUUACAAGGUGCCGGACAUCUACCAGCCAGACACACAGGAGAUUCUCCGAAUUCAGCAGGAGAACCUGGCCAUAUUGCAGUAUGAGCAGGCUCAGCAGGAGGAACGAGAGAGGAACUACCUGCACUUUUUGGCAACAGAAGAACAGAACCUUAUUUCCAACACCACAGAGACAGACUGUCCCAUCUGUUUCGCUCCCCUGGACCCUGGGGAGGGCAUCGUGCUCAGAGAGUGUCUGCACACCUUCUGCAGGGAUUGUUUAAAAGGGACAAUAGUGAACAGUAACGAUCCUGAGGUGUCCUGUCCUGAGAAUUGUGAAAGCAAGCUACUAGACCGAGAGAUCAAAGCGCUGCUGACAGAAGAGGAGCACCAGCGGUUUCUGGAGUUGCGUCUGAGCAUUGCAGAGAGCUGCUCAGAGCACAGCUUCCACUGUCAGACUCCCAACUGUCGAGGGUGGUGCAUCUACGAGGACGAAGUCAAUGAGUUCCACUGUGAACUCUGCGACGAAACCAACUGCAUUCUCUGCAGGGCCAUCCAUAAAGGCAUGAAUUGCAAGGACUACCAGGACGACCUGCGCAUCCGAGCAGAGAACGACCAGGCGGCUCAGCAAACAAAACAGAUGCUAGAGAGCCUGCUGCAGAAUGGGGAGGCCAUGAAAUGUCCACGGUGUGACAUCAUCGUCCAGAAAAAAGAUGGCUGUGAUUGGAUCUGCUGUUUGAUGUGCAAGAUAGAAAUUUGCUGGGUCACCAAACAAGCCCGCUGGGGACCAAAUGGCAGCGGCGACACAUCUGGGGGCUGUAGAUGCCGAGUCAAUAAUCAGCCUUGCCAUCCAAACUGCCAAAAUUGCCACUGAGGGAAGCACACUAAUGAACAUGCACAGCUGCAAGCACAUGCAGCGUCUGAAGAAAUGCAGACCUCAGCUGAUGCUUAGGCUUUUUGCUUAAUGCUGGCUAUAUUCAUGUGUUCUUUACUUACUUUUCGCCUUGUCUUCAGUGGCAUCGUGUCAAGACACCGUACAGGAAUUGUCUUGUCACUGAGGUACGCCUUUCUUCAGUGCUGCAGCAACCAUAAAUAUGCUAUAAAUGCUGUAUACUAGCUAUACAAACUUUAAGCUAGGUCUUCUACAGCUCCUCAGCUGAGGAUACUAACUCUAAGUGGGGGGAUAAGCUUUAAUGGGAUCUUCUACAGUAGUAAUAUUUUGUUGUUAUUGCUUAAUAUACAUUUUGACCUCUGGCUACUGUUUUCAUCAUAAUGCAGUAUGUUGAGCAAGCAAUUAUAUAGUGUUUACUUGAGUUUAACUCAAACCUUUAAGGGAAAAACAUACCAAAAUAUCAUUUUAAUCUAUUCAAAUACAGUAUAGAAAAAGUUCACCCCACAGCCAUAUUUCCUGUGUGAAAUAUGGCUACAAAUGUAACUACAACAAACAUCCAUUCAUGAAUAAUUUCAUUAUUUUUGAAAUUCAUCAAGUGACCCAAAAGGUUUGGGUUUUUUUUUUUUUAAUUUUGUGUUUUUCCCAUUUUUCCUAAGUGACAUCAAUAUAAUAGUAUAAUAGCCAUAGAUUUUUUUCUCAGUCGACUAAUCAGACUGUGUUGAAGGAUGUUGUUUACACUGAAUGAAUGUGUACGCACAGCAAGCUGCUUUGA